ACUCCCCUACAGCUACACAAACAGUAUAGAAAAUGUAGGUCAAUUUCAGUCAAUAUUGUUCAUCACCAUGACCUCAAAUCAAAUGACUCACAAUCCUCGAAAUAUCUUCCAUUCAUAACCAACACAGAAUAUGCAAUAUGCAAAUCAUUGCAUAAUGAUCUGGCAAACACACACAAAUACAGCAGUGUUGUUGUAUAAACAAAACUAUUCACCAUGGAUUCGCAUUUCACAAUUUGUAUUGUAGCGUAAAUGAAAUGAACAAGCUUGAAAAUGGACCAUUUCUGCUUUUAGCAGCUUCUAAAUCUGCAUGAAGACAAUUUAACACCCUUGUAACUUGCUCGCAUUUUUAUUUCAAAUCGCGUCAGGGGAUUUUUGAACCAAAAUGAAAUGCAUUCCAUUUUCCAUGACAUGCACUUUGGUUUAGCUCGCUUCCCUAUGCGCCCUGGCAAUGUACGAACCAUGCUAGCGUCGUGAUUAGCUAUGCGCUCGUCGUCAUUUUGCGAGCGUUUCACUGACUUUCGGCACAGUAUAAAAAAAGAGACAUCCGACAGUGGUGUUCAACAUUCAACAACACUUCCAUAGCGCCGUCUGGUUUUGGGGGGAAAAAAAAAAAACAUUUCGCCAAGCGUACGUUGUGUAGCAAACAACAUCUCAUAUGAACGGGAUAGCACGGAAGCUUAGCAUCUUCAGCAACGGCCGUGCUUACCUCAGCUGACCUGAGCGCUCAUUCCACGAAAACGGCUCCCCGUGUCACGUCUUAGUCGUUAAACAAAAACAAAAAAAACCAAGCAACCUACUACAUAAAAAUUAUAGUGGACGGAUUUUUUUAUGUUGUAUUCUAUCCCAGAGAAAUUGAGCACGAUCCUCUUUCGCCUUGACGAUGUGCCAGCUUGUGCAUGGAAUAAUAUCGCUAAAUCGCAGCUUCGGGAAGCAUACAUUUGAUGUCGUUGGGGGGGAAAAAACAGUAUACCAAUCAGGUUUGGUGUCACGUGGUGGAAAUGGAGCCAAGCCCUGUGCCGAGCCUGCAGUGUUGCCAAACGGCCUCUUAGGGCCGCUGUAGACCAGAAAGUUGAUGAGCGGCAGCAGGAUUGGAGCUGCGCCUCCCGUGGAACGUCGACACAACACGGAGACGACGCGACGGGAGGAGAACGCAUCGUUCGACGUGCUUGUCGAAUGAAUAAUAUAGGCCAUAUAUUUGGACCUCGAAGCUGUUUUCCUUCAAUUGAGAGUGGGUUACAUCCGGCAUUCCACUGCGAGGAGGGUCUUUUUUUUUUUUUUUUUUUUUUCGUGGAAUAUAAGCAGAGUGGAGCUCCUCGGACAGAACAAUGAAGGCGCAAGUGGUGAUGUUUGUGUCUCUGUUCGCCCUCGACGCGGCGUGCGGCCAGGCCAGCUAUUCUAUUCCGGAGGAAAUGAGCAGAGGGUCGGUCGUGGGCGACGUAGCGCGAGAUUUAGGUCUGGAAAGGCCACGUUUGAUUUCGGGCAAAGCCAAGAUCUAUUCCAGGAACAAUGAAGAAUACAUCGAGCUGAGCCGAGAGAAAGGACUCCUCCUCGUCAAAGAGCGGAUCGACAGAGAGGCUCUUUGCGCACACACCGCGCUUUGUGCGCUGCAUUUCAGGAUCAUUUUGGAAAAUCCUAUCGAGUUUUACAGCGUCACUGUGCAGAUUGCAGACAUUAAUGACAACGCGCCUAGUUUUGAAAAAAAUCAGAUGAAAUUUAAAAUCAGCGAGUCUGCGACCAUCGGAGCAAAAUUUGUUUUAGAAGGGGCAGUAGAUCCGGAUGUUGGAAUGAACGACCUUCAAAAUUAUGAAUUAAAACCAUCGGAUCAUUUUGCUCUGAAACUGCAAAAUAACGCGGAUGGAAAUAAAAACGUGGAGAUGGUUUUACAGAAGCCUUUAGACAGAGAGAAAGAGGAGCAGAUGUCGCUCGUGUUGACGGCUGUAGACGGAGGAGAGCCGCGGAUGUCGGGAACGAUGUUGAUUCUUAUUACAGUGUUAGACGUAAAUGAUAAUGCCCCCGUUUUUACACAGCACACAUACAAAGCAACCGUGACUGAGAAUUCACCUGUCGGGACGAUCGUGGCAGCUGUGUCGGCGUCGGAUGCAGACCAUGGCUCCAAUGCAAAAAUAUCAUAUUCGAUUCAAAAUAUGGUGGGAAAUUUGAAAAAUUUAUUUCGAAUAAAUGACGAAAACGGAGAAAUAUCAUUGAUAGGAAAUAUCGAUUUUGAAAAGUCGAGACAGUUUCAAUUAAAUUUACUUGCAAGUGAUGAAGGGGGACUCACAGAUUCUUCAAAGUUGUUGAUCGAUGUACAAGAUAUCAAUGACAACAUACCCGUAAUUAAUAUUAUGUCCAAAUCAAAUGUGAUAUCUGAGGACGCCGAAAUCAAUACUGUUGUGACGAUGAUAAAUAUAGAAGAUUUAGAUUCAGGAGAUAAUGGAAACGUAAAUUGUUUUAUCAAUGAAAAUAUCCCGUUUAUUCUGAAAAACUCAAAACAUAAUUAUUACACUUUAGUGACAGAUAGUGACUUAGACCGAGAGCGCUCAGCUGAGUACAACCUCAGCGUGACGUGCUGUGACGAGGGCGUGGCCUCCCUCUCCAGCAGCGUCACUCUCACCUUGCGCAUCUCGGACGUCAACGACAACGCGCCCGUCUUCCAGAGGAGCUCGUACGAGGCCUCCGUCGUGGAAAACAACACGCCGGGUCUCUCCAUAGUCACGCUGAGAGCCAGAGACGCGGACUGGGGCCAGAACGCUCGCGUUUCCUACAUCCUGGAGGACUCCUCCGUUAACGGAGCGCCGGCCUCCUCGUUUGUGUCCGUGAACGCCCAAAGCGGCGUCGUCAGCGCCGUGCGCUCCUUCGACUACGAGCGGAUGAAGCGGCUGGACUUUGCGGUGCGAGCGCAGGACGGAGGCUCCCCUCCUCUCUGUAGCAACGUGAGCGUGGGCGUCCUGAUCCGGGACCAGAACGACAACGCCCCUCAGGUCCUGUACCCGGUCCAGCCGCACGCCGAAAUGGUGCCUCGUUCGGCAGACGCGGGCUAUCUGGUGACUAAAGUGGUGGCCGUGGAUGUGGACUCUGGACAGAACGCCUGGCUCUCCUAUAAAGUGCAGCACAAAUUUGGGGGCGCAGACAGGGGGGCGCUGUUUGAAGUGGGCCUCCACAAUGGAGAAAUGCGAACUGUCCGCCAAGUGACUGAUAAAGAUGCUGUCAAACAAAGACUGACUGUCGUAGUGGAGGACAACGGGCAGCCCUCUCGUUCGGCUACGGUCGCGGUCAACGUGGCGCUGGCGGACGGCUUUCCCGAAGUGCUGAGGUCGGAGUUCGCCGACGACUUUAGCGAGGACUACGACGACCGGCUGACUUUUUACUUAGUCUCGGCUUUGGCCGCGGUCUCCUUCCUCUUCGUCGCCUGCUUGCUGCUUAUCGUGUCGCUCAAAGUGUACAGGUGGAGACGGUCUCGCGUCCUGUACCGCUCCGACCUCCCCGUCAUUCCGUAUUAUCCGCCGCGCUACUGCGACACGUUGGGGACGGCGGGGACGCUCCCGCACGUCUACAAUUACGAGGCGUGCGCCACCGCCAAGAGUCACGUGACGAACACGCAAGCCGUGAGUCAAAGUUUAGUGAGUGUGGACGGAGCGGACGCUGACGUGCCGCACGGCGGCGAGCAGACGUCGGGGAACUGCUCUCGGAUGUCGACUUUGAUUUAUAGCGGGUCAGAAGAUGCCUGA